GAGACAAAGCAACAGAUCAUGUGAGUGUGUUUUGAUGCUUGUGGCUGACUUUGGAGUGAGUUUCACACAUUUGAAUUGCCUGCAGGGAGCUUAAAAAACAGAAGUGCUGCCUUGACAUUAAUCUUCCUGUCUUGGUGAAUGGAGAGUAACUGUGGCCCGAUGGGAAUGCAGUGGUGAGGAUGCAACAGUGAUCCAGGAAAAAACAGCCCAUUGUUUCUGGGACGUCGGAGACGUGUGACCACUCUCCUGCAGGCUCUGGCUGCUCGGCCUAUCGACACACUGACGGACCUCUUACACCAUUGAGAGGGCAGUAUGAGUGGGGGAGUCAAUGUAAAAUCGGCCCCCCGGGCUCCUCUCUCAUCAGGAAUCCCCCUCCCACACAGCCUGUUGCUCUCCUCCCCCAAAGCAGACACCCGCCGCCAGGCUAGUGACCUGCCCAGGCCGUCAACACAGAUCCCGAAACACACACCCACACACAGUCCCACACACAGUCCCAGGCACUCUCCUUUACUUUGCCCACGGAGCUCCAGCAUCCCUGGGCGUUCCUCCAAGGACCCAAAGAGGGACGCAGGCCUGAAGAGUCAGCUCUUCCAGCGGAUGGGAGCUCUACCUGCACCCCAGGUGUCAUGCUCUGCCUACAGCAGCCCGUUAACCCAGCGCAGGGUACCGCAGCAACACUCCAAAGACAUACUGAAUCUGGGUAAACCCUCCCCGGCUCACAUCCCCUCACAGUUUCCACACGACAGCAAUCGCAACAGGAACACCGUCACCAACCAGAACCAAACAUGGGGAUCCAGCAACCUGCGUCCACCGCUUCAGUUCAAAAGAAGAGACAACUCCAGCACUGGAUCCCAGGCAACGCAUGAGCUCAUGACACAAAGAGAGAAAGAGCCUUCAGAAAACCACCCAGCCCAGUCCCCCAUGUUAAAUAAUGGUUACCUCUGUCCCUCUCUUGCUCAAAUGAGCUACGAGCAUGCCAUCAGAGGUUGCAGUGACUCCACUAGCCAAUCAGACGAGGAGAUGGGCUCUCCUGAAGAUAGCAGUCCAGCCUCCUCUCCUUGUCCCCUGCUGCCGCCACCGAUCACAUUCACCAUGCCAAUAAUGUCCAAGGUGGCUGUCGAUAUGUUGGCUCAGAGCCUAAAUAAGGAGGCUGUGUCCACAGAGACACCCACACCCAGAGUCAACAUGGCUACUGUGGCUCCCUUCAGCUACCGGCUGCAUGCGCAGGAGAGCGAUUUUUCAGUGGAUGAACUGAGUGACUGCUCAUCUGGAUCCAUCGAAGUCUGCUGUGAUGACCUAACACUAGGAGGGAUGCUGGAGGCUAAUGUGGCUAACAUUAGCAUGACGGCCAAGCCCAGUGAGCUGGACUUAAGGUCUGCUGCUGUCUCCUGCCAGGAAACUUCAGCCCAGGCCAUGGCCUUUAGGAAGCCCCCAUCCAAGCCUUCCGCUUUACCCCCGGGACAUUCACGUACCUCUGGGUCAGAGCUCAAGGUCUACCGGCCCUCUUCUGGAUCUAUCCCUAUCCCAGUUCCCAAUCCGUCCAUGCUCCGCAAGCAGCGGUCACUUAACAACUUGUGUGUGCUCACUGAUGCUGAGAAGAAGCUGCACCCGUACCAAUCUCCCCGCUGGAAUGAUGAUACGAGCCGGCCUGGCACAGACACCAACAAGCCGGGCCAGAUUAAAGCAGUUCAGGCUGGGGGUACCAGACCACCACUUUCUAGGACCCUUUCAAAGUCAGAACAGUCUCUUUUCCAGGGUAAGCCCAAACAGUUUUGCUCCCCAUCGGUGACUUCUUACGGAAACAAGGCAAGUCGAAUCCCUGCCCCUGGUAAACCACGGGGACCCUUUGCUGAGGUCAAGCCCAUCAGCAAGGCCUCUGAAGCAGGCCAGAAUUCAGACAUAGACCUUGCAGACAACCCAUCUAAGGCUAACUCCAAUGGAGCUGGGAACACUGGGACUAAUGGCAAGAAACUAGGGGAGAGGGAGAGAUGUGCAGCUCUGUCAGCAGAAGAGAAGAAGGACAGGAAGGGGAUAGAGGGAGACGAUGAUAAGAGCUUUCUGAAGGUGGACCCAGAGUUAGUGGUUACGGUUCUGGGAGACCUGGAGCAGCUGCUCUUCAGCCAGAUGCUUGACCCGGAGUCCCAGAGGAAGAGGACCGUGCAAAAUGUUCUGGACCUUCGACAAAACCUGGAGGAAACCAUGACCAGCCUGAGAGGUGUGCAGCUCAGCCACAGCUGUGUGGAGGGGACCAUGUGCUACGACAGUGAUGAAGCUGCUGCCUUCUCAAUUUCAAGUCUAUCAAACCGCUCCUCUCCGUUGUCAUGGCGCCAGGGUCAAGCCAGCCCCCGACUACAGGCUGGUGAAGCCCCGUCCACAGGUAACAGCCAGUUGGACGUUCCCCUCCGGAUCAGCCACACUGCUCGUAUCCAACUAAUCGAAGCACUGGACAGCUCAGAUCCGUCCCUUCUGAAGGGAGAUUACCUCAGAAACAGCAACCUCGGCACUAAGAGUCCAAAUGUGGGUGAUGAAGAUGAUGAUGAAGAUGAUGAUAUUGAUGAUCUAGGAAAUGGUUGGGAUGAGAGCAGCUCCAUCAGCAGUGGUUUGAGUGACGGCUCAGACAACCUCAGCUCUGAAGAGUUCAACACGAGUCCCACUCUCAACUCCCUUCCCAGCACACCCAUCGGCUCCCGCAGAAACUCAGCUUUAGUGAUGCGUACGGAUGCAGAGAAGAGAUCUCUGGUGGAGAGUGGUCUCUCAUGGGACAGUGACGAUACCAAACCCAGCCAGAAGAGCCAGGGCAGCGGCGUCUACGAUACAGGGAGUCUCAAGUCCGAAGCAGCCAAUAAAUGGAAAAAGACGCGGACACAGGGGGUGGGGCGGGAAGGAGGGAAGGGCGAACUGAAGAAACCUCAGACCCUGGGUCAAGGAAACGUGCUGAAGAAAGGAAGAAACCCACCUGUAGGAGUCACUUCACCGAUAACACACACCUCUCAGAGUGGCCUGAAAGUGGCAGGUACAGUAAAGUCAGACGGCAAGCCAAUGGAUAAGUCUCGGUUAGCAGUGAAGACCUCCGGCCUUCAACGCUCCUCUUCAGAUGCCGGUAAAGACCUAAGAAAUGGCAGCGGUGCUGGUGAGCAACGCAAACCUCCGUCUGGCCUUGUCAGGCCCUCAACCGGGGGAAACUUUGGCUUCAAGAAGCCUACCACAGCUUCCAAUAAUGGCACAAACAAUGCCAGUCUGCCCAUACCCUGUGGCUCUGCAACUGUAGGGAAGAUUCCCAAAACUUCAGGUAUUCCUGUCAAACCAGGGGCUGGGGGUGGCAGUGGAGGACGUAAGACUAGUCUUGAUGUUUCAAACGGCGACCAGAGUGGUUUUCUAUCUCCAAAUGCCAGGACGUCUCUCCAGUACCGCUCUCUGCCUCGCCCGGCAAAGACGAGCACCCUGACUCUAACCCGGCCGAGUUCAGCUCGCCCAGUGAGCAGUACCAUGGACACAGGCUCAGGGCUGAUCAAACCACCACAGGGCUCGAGACUCAAGGAGCCCGCCUCGGGACUUGGCUCUGGGUUGAGUAAGGCAGGUGGUCGUGGGAUCCCAAGUCCUAGUCCUGUCAAUCAGACAGACAGAGAGAAAGAGAAAGAGAGGGCCAAAGCCAAAGCUGUGGUAUCUGACUCUGAGUGUGGAGGUGGGUCUCUGAAGGGCAGCCCUGCUCUGACCCCCUCAGAGAACGGAGGGAAGCUACAGGGGCUGAGACCUCCCACAAGUGGCAAAUGCAUGGAUCUGCCCUCACCCAACACACACAGGUUAUCAGGAAUGCGCAGCCUGGCAAAACCUCCAUCCAUGGCCCAGCUUGACAAGCUGAACUUAAACAGCCUAGAGAUGGGAAUUCAAGACUCCCUGCCACCUAAGAUUCCUCCCUACUCUAAGCUCCAGGACCUGGCCAGCUCAGCAGGCAGCUCCACUGGCCCCCGGCUGACCCCCAGCCCCGCUCCUUUACUCAAUGUGAACUCUUCGGCCUGCUUCUCAAGCUCACGGACUGGGUUGGGGCCGAGGCAGGUCUCUUCUCUUGGGGUUCAAGGAAGCGGAGGGAGUACCUCUCCCCUGCUCUACCCUCGUCUGUCUGGGCUGCAUCGCAGCAUGGAGUCGCUGCCCCUCCAGAUGAGUCUCGCCCCAGAGCCCCGAGAGAGGGAGAAGGCAAGGGAGAGGGAGAAUUUGGCGAGAGGCUACACCACCUUAGAGUCCCGCCACAAAGAUAGACAGGAAGACAGAGGCCCUCCUGCCAUCUGGAGCUCUGGAAGUAAAGUCCCAUUGUCUCUCACAGACAGUUCUCAGAGUAACAGAAACACGCUGCCAAAGAAGGGUUUAAGUUUCAGCAGUGCCUCCCAGGUUGAGGAGGAAGGGAAGGAGAAAGGAGAGAGGAGACACUCUCAUUCUAUUCUCAGUAUGACCGACUCACUCACUCUUCCUCUGCUGUCCUCACCCACCUCCUUACCCCGCACAUCUAAGACCAGUAUGGUACCCAGCCCUGUCGGCGGACCUCCGAGGAUGAUUCGUUCCAACAGUAUUCCGACACACGAUGCCUCUCUGGAGCUGUACGGGGCCUCACCGCUGGGCAGCACAAUCUCGUUGGCUGAGCGCCCCCGCAGCAUGGGAAUGGUUCGCUCCGGAUCCUUCAGGGACAAGGAGCCCGACGAGGUUCACGGGUCUGUUCUUUCUCUGGCGUCUAACGCCUCGUCCAGCUACUCCUCAGUGAGUGUGGGCGGCAUACAGACUCAGCAAAUCCGUAAACUGAGGAGGGAGCUGGAAUCGUCGCAGGAGAAGGUGUCUAAUCUGACGACGCAGCUGACAGUAAACGCAAAUCUGGUGGCCGCCUUUGAGCAAAGUUUGCAACUUAUGACAACUCGGCUGCAGAGUCUGUCAAUGACCCAGGAUCAGAAGGACACAGAGUUGUUGGAUCUGAGGGAAACCAUUGAGGCUCUGAAGGACCGGAAUGACGAAGCCCAGGCUGGCCUACAAGGAGCCUUAAACACCCCAGAUAACAUGAAAGACAUGCGGAUUCGACGUCAGAACUCAUGUGAGAGCAUCUCCAGUCUCAACAGCCUGACCAGUAUGUCGAGUCUGGGUAGCUUGAAGGACCAAGAGGCAAAGAAGAAGAAGAAAAAGAGCUGGCUGAGGAGCUCCUUCAACAAGGCAUUCAGCAUUAAGAAAAGCUCCAAAACAUACUCAGACAUUGAGGAAAUUGCCACCCCCGACUCCUCAGCUCCCAACUCCCCAAAGAUGCUCCAUGAGGGGGCAGAAGAAGUAGAAAACCAGUUUUCAUCCCUGAAAACAUCGGCCUCUGCCACCUCUUCUGUGAUCAUGGAGACUACGGAAGAGGGAGACAAUGAGGAAGCGGCGGUGUCGGACUUACGCUCAGAACUGUGGGUGAAAGAGAGAGAACUGACAGACAUCCGACUGGAGGCCUUAAGCUCUGCACAUCAGCUGGAGCAGCUCCGAGAAGACAUGAACAGCAUGCAGUUAACGGUGGAGAACCUUAAGGCGGAGAAUGACCAUUUAAAAACCGUCUCCGGUCCCACCUCUUCCACCUCCCAGCCUUCAGGCCUGGCCUCUCUCCUCGGGUCCUCACUGAGGCAGCCGAUGAGCAUGUCCCUCACCAAGUCCUUCAGUCUCAGUCUGAAUGAUUGUAAAGAUCCCGACGUGUCUUCUGUUGACACGCUAAGUGUGUCUUCCCAGCGGGAUGAGGAAUGUGCACGUGUGCUUGUCCGCAUUGGAGAUCAAGUAGAGGACAGUAAACAGCAACAGGAGUUCUUCCUUGGAUCGGUGCUGGUCAGUGCGAGAACUGGCUGGUCCUGUCUCGACUCUAUGAUAUCUAAGAUUUUCAAGGACUACCUAACUCAAGUGGACCCGACUGGCAGCCUGGGUCUGACCUGUGAUUCGCUGCACAUGUUCCAGCUGACCCCGGGAGUGCAGAGGGUGAUAGGAGGGGACACACCUCAAGCCUCACCUUACCGUUGUUUCAGCAGUGGUUCAGCUAAAAUACUUGUCACUUUGAAAGGUCUCAGAGAAAAAUGUGUUGACUCCCUGGUGUUUGAGACUCUGAUUCCUAAGCCGAUGAUGCUGCACUACAUCAGCUUGCUGCUGAAGCACAGGCGGUUGGUCCUGUCUGGGCCAAGUGGGACAGGAAAGACUUAUCUGGCUCAGCGUCUGGCCCACUUCCUUCUCCAGCGGAGCCGGACUGACUCAUCUGAGGCCGACCAUGAGACCUGUCUCCUCGGGUGCAGCGCUGCUGUCACCUUCAACAUGCAUCGUCAGUCCCAGAAGGAGUUGCAGUUGUAUCUGUCCGAUCUGGCAAAUCAGAUCAACAGAGAGAGUGGAGGAGAGCUGCCGCUUGUUGUUAUUAUAGAUGACAUUAGUGAUUCAGCAGCCAUCACUGAGCUUGUCAAUGGAGCACUCACCUGCAAGUAUCACAAAUGUCCUUACAUCAUUGGGACAACCAAUCAGCCUGUGAAGAUGUCCUCUAACCACAGUCUACACCUUAGCUUCAGGAUGGUGAUGUUCUCCAACAACGUGGAACCGGCUAACGGGUUCCUGCUGAGGUACCUGCACCGUAAAGCUGUGGAAGCCUACCAGGAGAAGGAGCAGGACUCUGCACGCCACCAGGCUCUUCUGCGAGUGUUGGACUGGAUCCCUCAGCUCUGGUACCACCUCCACACUUUCCUGGAGAAACACGGCACUUCAGACUUUCUCAUAGGUCCCUGCUUCUUCCUGUCCUGCCCAGUAUCAGUGGCGGAGUUCAGGCAGUGGUUCAUUGACCUGUGGAACCACUCCAUUAUACCGUACCUGCAGGAAGGAGCCAAAGACGGCAUUAAGGUGCACGGGCAGAAGGCAGUAUGGGAGGAUCCAGUGGAGUGGGUGAGGGGGACUCUCCCAUGGCCAAAUGCACAGCAGGACCAGUCCAGGCUCUUUCACCUACCUCCCCCCAGCAUAGGUCCACUGAAUGAAGAGAAGAAGCCCCCCAAAGAUACACCUCCCCCCAGCACACUGGAGUCAGAUCCACUGAUGGCAAUGCUGCUGAAGCUCCAGGAGUCGGCCAAUUACAUAGAGUCUCCAGAGCGGGAAGGAUGUCUGGAUCCCACUCUGCAGGCUACACUGUGAGAAUAAGAUCCGACUGUCAGUCAAUCAAUGGAACUAUGGACUCUUCAUUAAGACUGACACAGCGGGUGCAGUCCCAAUGAGACUUCAAAGACUCAAUCAUUAACUUAACUGUGUGCUCAGUGAGCAGCUACAAAGCUAAAAGUAAAGGAUCUAUAGGGAGAGGGAUUAUGGAGGAAGGGUCCGCUCUGCCCUGCUAUCAGAAAGACAAUUAAACUGCUUUCAGAGGAAGCUGUGAUGAUCAUGUCAGGGAAGGAAGUCAAAGUGUCUCUUCCCAGCCCUCAAUUUGUUCCAGAUGGGUUGUUGUUAAAUCUGCAAGUGCAUGGUAACCGGAAUAGUAUGAUGCAAAAUAUUACUUAUAAUUCCAUUGAUCAAAGUCCAUUGUUUUCUUUUUUCUUCUUCUUGGCUGCCACAACUUUCACCACACACUAUAUUGGUGCUUCAUUUCAUAAAGAAAUUCACCUCAGAUGUAACUCUGAAUCCCUCAAAAGUAGGUUCAUCCCUUGACGACAGCUAAAAAUGCACUUUAUUUUUUACUCGUGGUAAUUGGAUUUUAGGAGGCUUUGUCGGUGACUGUGUCUAGCAGAAAUCAUGCAGUUCAUUCAUAAUUCCUCUAGAUGGCAGAAUCUACUCCUGCCUCAGUGCUCUCCUGGUGUUCUGACUUAUCAAAGGUGCUCAGUAGAGCAUAACACACAUUUAUAACAGAGCUAUGAAAAUGGCCUUGAAUGUUUUUCUUCUCUUUAGUUCAGCCAUUGUGUCAUUAAUGACUUGAAUAUCAGAACAACAAAGCUGUAAGACUAGCAUGCAUGGGUGAAUAAUGAAUGGAAAUCAAUAAAUCGGUUUUAGGGUCGACCUAUAAAGAAAAUGUAAUAAUCGGUGGACUCGGUAGGCACUGGUUUCCAGAGAAACUGACGUUGACCCUACUCAACAUAUUGUAUUGUAAACAGACAGAAUGAACUGCUUGUUUAUGUAAUCUGCCCAGCCGGCCUAACAUUUCGGGCUAUGCUUGCGUAUAUUCUGUAUUUAGAUAUCAGUUUCAAAACACAAAGUUAUAUUGUGAUAGAUGAGGAUACAACUUUGAAAAUCUUGAUUUUGUAGGAUUUUAUACUGAGUCAUCUUCAGCGAUCAUCUAUAUACAGCAGCUAUCACCUAUGUAUACCCAUGCCAUUAUCGACAGCAGCAGGAAACACUCCCUUCUUCGCUGUCUUAAUCUUACUCAUUCACUAAAGUGAAAAACAUCACUAAAAAAAAACUGCCAUUAAGUGAUAAUAUUCAGUAAAAAAAAAAGUCCUUCCUCGUUGCAUUUGCUCCUUCUCACGCAUUGUUUUAAGAGUAACUAAGAGUAAGGGCUGGGUGAUCAGAAAGGUUGAAAAUAAUGUUUUAGUGUCUUCCUCCCUUUCCUCUCCUUCAUGUGUUUAAACAUAAUAUAUGUCAGUGUCCUAGAUUACAGAGAGUAUUCAUUGUUUACAUCUGGACUGUCCUUGUGAAGGAAGAAAGCAAGUAAAGAUGUGUACAAGGAGGAAACCUUUACCCUAAGUACCUCAGACUGCCAUAUUCUGUCCAGAUGUUCCUCUACUGUCCAAACAGGGUGCUGGUGGAAAGAAGAGACAUGAUGCCUAAGUCUAUCUGUGCCUGAUACACAAUUGGCCUGAAGCUGCUUUCGAGCUGCUUUAAUUUACCACACGGAGGCCUCGAUUAGAGGAAACGUCAUCACUUCCUCUCACCGACUCUGAUGUCACUUUAAUGUCAUCACCUUGAUGAUUUAGGUAGAGAGUGGGUUAUAAAUGUUGACCUUUGGCUUGUAUUCAUGGUGAUAAGCUGUUCGCUAAGAUGUUGUGUCUGCCAGUUAACUCUGCAAUAGAUAAUAAUGCGUGUCAUGGCUGGGCUGCCUGUGUGCGAUUUGACACCAUUUUAAAUCUAAGUGUGAAAGACUUGACAUCUUGGAGUUGCCUGAGAGUUAAGGCAGAGUAAAAACUGCUAUUAGCCCGGAAAUGUAAUGUAGAUGCAUGUAUCUCUGCUGUGUUCCCAAAGUUUCAUUUCAUUGGACCUACCACACUUAACCUUACCAUGGGAGGGAUUUUUAUUAACUGGAUAUCUUCCUCUUUUCACAUUGUUUUUAUUAAGAGCAGAUCUUUGUUUUUAUUAUGCAAAUAUUUGUAAAGGUUCCUCUCUCUUUUGUACAUGACAUCAUUAUUGUAAACACUGUAAAUAGUCAGUGCAUCUGCGACAACAAUCACUAAAAUGUGUAGAGAUCUAAGACAAGAUUGGCCCCUGUAUGCAGAAAACGGGCGUCCUUGAUGGUUGUAUUGUCUUCCGUCCAUGGGAAGGCACACUUGGCUUAAAAGGGAGCCUAAUAAUGGUUGUAUGGCAUGUCUCUAUAAACACAUCAAACCCCAUAUGUCAAACAUUGAGCAAUGGACAUAAUAAAGUCAUGCCAUUCUUCACAUCACUA